AAACUUUUCGAAAGCAUGGGUUUUCCGAACGCUGGCACAGUCAUUGCGGUUACAGCUGGGGCUGCUGGUGCCGUUGCUUUGACCCCGUUUGCGCUCGCCAUGGCUGGGUUCACCGGUGCCGGGAUCGCGGCCGGUUCGGUGGGAGCUGGCAUGAUGUCAACAGCAGCCGUCGGCAGCGGGGGAGGAGUGGCUGCGGGGAGUUUGGUCGCAGUACUCCAGUCUGCAGGUGCUGCGGGACUGUCUGCAGCUGCAACAGCUGGUGUGGCGUCUGUGGGUGGUGCUGUGGGGGGUCUGUUUGGAGGAGCUGUUGGUUUGCUGAAAAGGAUGAGGAGAUGAGAAACGUCCAUCAAGCUUCUGAUCACAAA